AUGGUUUUGGCUGACUUAGGAAAACGUAUUAACACUGCGGUUAAUGGUGCUUUAUCCAAUUCCCAAGAUGAUUACACCACAGCGGUAGAUGUAAUGUUGAAAAGCAUUGUCACAGCUCUUUUGGAAAGUGAUGUCAACAUCAAACUGGUUUUCACGCUCAGGAAUAAUAUCAGGGCUACGCUUUUGGAUUCAAAGAGCCGAUCUGUAAACAGCGCCCAAACAAAGAAACUGAUACAAAAAACAGUCUUUGACGAACUGUGUCACCUGGUAGACGGGGAAACUCAACCCUAUGUGCCCAAGAAACGCAAGCAGAACGUCAUUAUGUUUGUAGGUUUACAGGGUUCUGGUAAAACGACAUCGUGUACGAAGCUUGCUGUUUAUUACUCAAAGAGAGGUUUAAAGACCGGUUUAGUUUGUGCAGAUACUUUCCGUGCUGGUGCCUUUGAUCAGUUGAAGCAGAACGCCAUUAAAGCGCGAAUUCCAUUUUAUGGUUCCUACACAGAAACAAACCCAGUAAAAGUUGCUCAGGAAGGUGUGGCUAAAUUCAAGAAGGAGAAAUUCGAAGUCAUUAUUGUUGACACGUCCGGAAGGCAUAGACAAGAAGAAGAGCUUUUCCAAGAAAUGGUAGAAAUCUCUCAGGUGGUCAAACCAAAUCAAACCAUCAUGGUGCUAGACGCAUCGAUUGGUCAGGCAGCUGAGCAACAAUCUAAGGCAUUCAAAGACAGCUCUGAUUUCGGAGCUAUCAUUCUGACAAAAAUGGACGGCCACGCCAAAGGUGGUGGUGCCAUCUCUGCAGUGGCUGCUACUAAGACUCCCAUUAUUUUCAUCGGUACGGGUGAGCACGUUCAUGAUUUCGAGAAGUUCUCCCCGAAGUCAUUUGUAUCCAAACUUUUGGGUAUAGGUGACAUCGAAAGCUUACUUGAGCACUUUCAAACAGUUUCAAACAAAGAUGAUACAAAGGCUACCAUGGAAAACAUCCAGCAAGGUAAGUUUACGCUCUUGGAUUUUCAAAAACAGAUGCAAACUAUUAUGAAGAUGGGCCCUCUGUCCAAUAUUGCUAAUAUGAUUCCUGGAAUGGGUAAUAUGCUGAACCAGGUCAGCGAGGAUGAGACUACCAAGCGUAUGAAAAAAAUGGUGUUUGUAAUGGACUCUAUGACGAAACAAGAACUCGAAUCGGAUGGCCGUAUUUUCAUUGAUCAGCCAAGUCGUAUUGUCCGGGUCGCUCGAGGAUCUGGCACUUCUGCUCUUGAAGUUGAGAUGAUCCUCAUGCAGCAGCAGAUGAUGGCUCGUAUGGCUCAGUCUACCAAAGCGGCGCAAAGAGGUCCAGGGGGGGUGCCUGGGAUGCCUCAGAUGCCUGGAAUGCCGCAAAUACCGGGUAUGCCUCAGAUUUCACCAUCAAUGAUGCAACAGGCUCAGCAAAAACUAAGGGAGAACCCAGGGAUGAUGAAGAACAUGAUGAACAUGUUUGGUGGUGGUGGCGGUGGCUCUGGUGCUCCUGGAUUUCCUGGAAUGGGUGGUGGCAUGCCCAACAUGGACGAGAUGACGAAAAUGAUGCAAGACCCUCAAAUGCAGCAAAUGGCUCAACAGUUUGGAAUGGGCAUGUAG